GUUGUUAUAUAUCCUCUUCUCCCUCACUGUGUUUUUUUGACACAUCUGACUGCGUUUAUCUCCCCGACAGGAGCCUGCGAGCUGCAACUUUCUCAGAUUGACACAGAAUGGAGAGAAGCUGACGCACCGUUAUUUACCGGACCGUUAACUCUGCUCCUCCGGCUUUCCCUCAUGCCAUCACAGCCUGCAUGUUGUCUCAGACCAAGGGGAAGAUAGUUUUUCACAACUCCUAACACUGAAGUGUUGGCAAUUGCUCCUCAUUGUUUCCCUUUUCUUCUUUUUGGACACUUUAACCGCGUUUUUACGCACGGUGCGCAAAGGGAUGGCUCCUCUCCGGGGACGAAACACGGGAGUACUAAACGUUUUUCACGUCUGUCUCUUUAUUUCAGCUGCUUCUUCUUACAACAUAGACUUAGAACAUCCUGUAGUUUUCCGCGGACCAAAUUCUAGUUUUUUUGGAUACUCGGUGCUGGAGCAUUAUCAUGACAACACACGCUGGGUGAUAGUAGGAGCCCCGAAAGCGAACUCCACCUACAGUAGCUCCGUGCACUCUCCUGGAUCCGUGUUCAAGUGUCGGGUUCACAGCAACCCGGAGCGCCGCUGCACAGAGAUGGACCUGGGCAGAGGAAACAAUCCCAGAGAGUCGUGUGGGAAGACGUGCCAGGGGGACAGAGACAACGAGUGGAUGGGAGUCAGCCUGGCCCGGCAGGACAGAGCCAACGGACAAAUACUGGCCUGUGCUCACCGCUGGAAAAACGUCUACUACGACUCAGAGCACAUCCUUCCACAUGGAUACUGCUCCAUCAUUCCUCCAACGCUUCAGGGACGGAGCAAACCGCUCAUCCCUUGUUAUGAAGACUAUAAGCAGAAGUAUGGGGAAGAGCACGGCUCGUGCCAAGCCGGGAUAGCGGGAGUUUUCACAGAGGAGCUGGUGGUGAUGGGGGCACCGGGGUCCUACUACUGGACCGGGACCAUCAAGGUGUACAACCUGACCUCGGACUCUUUCUACAGCCCAAACAAAGAAGACGUGGACUCCCACAGAUACAGCUACCUUGGCUACGCUGUGACAGCGGGACACUUCUCCUCUCCUAAUGUGAUAGACAUAGCUGCAGGGGCGCCCCAGCACAGCGGCAGUGGAAAAGUUUACAUUUUCAAGAUCGACGGUGGGUCUCUGGUGAAGAGUUUUCAGGCCUCAGGGAAAAUGAUGGGCUCUUACUUUGGCUCCUCAUUGUGUGCAGUUGAUCUGAACCAGGACGGCCUGUCGGACCUGCUGGUGGGGGCACCCAUGCACAGCCAGCUCCGGGAUGAGGGCCAGGUGUCUGUGUACCUCAGCAAGGGCAACGGAGUGAUGGAGGAGGGCGGUGUUUUAACCGGUGACAGUGCUUUCAAUGCUCACUUCGGAGAAUGCAUCGCUGCGAUAGGAGACAUAGAUGACGAUGGGUAUCAAGACGUAGCCAUAGGAGCACCUAAAGAGGACGACUACGGGGGAGCGGUUUAUAUCUACCACGGGGACGCCACUGGAAUAAUCAGCAAGUACUCAAUGAAACUGUCUGGGCGCAGCGUUAACCCUGGUCUGCAGAUGUUUGGCCAGUCAAUCUCCGGCAACGUGGACAUGGACGGCAACGGUUACGCAGAUGUCACCAUUGGAGCGUUCAUGGCAGAUAGCGUGGUGCUGCUGAGGUCCCGGCCUGUCAUUACAGUGGACGUCUCCAUCUUCCUCCCUGUCUCCAUCAACAUCUCGGUGCCGCAGUGCCACGAGGGCCACCACAACCUGAACUGCUUCAACGCUACCGUCUGCUUGCGCUUCCGGGGAAGACAGCUGCCCGGACAGAUAGAGCUGCUGUACAACUUGACGGCUGAUGUGGAUAAGCGACAGAAGAGCCAGCCAUCGCGGGUUUACUUCAUUCACAGUGGAUCUCAGAUCAGCCAGAUGAGCCAGCAGCUCAGCCUGGACAUCAACAGGGAGCAGUGCCAGCCCUACACUGCCUACGUCAAGAAAGACGUGAAGGAUGUGUUCACCGCCAUCACGUUCGAGGUGGCGUACAGCCUCGGGAAGCACGUGCUGGCCGGACACCAGGAGCGAGACCUGCCCGCGCUCACGCCUGUGCUGCGCUGGAGGAAAGGAAACAAGAUCGCAGUGAGGAAUGAGACGUGGUUCGAGAAGAACUGCCUGUCGGACGACUGCGCCGCAGACCUGAGGCUUCAUGGGAAACUGCUGCUUUCUGGGCUUUACAGCAAACCCCACUUAGCCCUCGGCGGAGUGAGGAACGUCUCUCUGAACCUGACCAUCUCCAACGCUGGAGACGACGCCUACGACACCAACAUCUACUUCAACUUCACCCGAGAGGUUUUCUACAUCAACUUCUGGCAGAAGGAGGAGAAGGGAAUUUCCUGUGAACUCAUUGAAUUGGACUUCCUCAAAUGCAGCGUGGGAUUUCCCUUCAUGAGAGCACAGACCAAGUAUCAUUUUGCAGUAAUUUAUGACACAAGUAAGCUCUCAGGGGAAAACGACACAUUGCAGUUCCUAGUUCAAGCAAAAAGUGCUAACCCUGAGCACAAGCUCUCCGACAACAGCUUGGAUCUGUCCAUCCCUCUGGUUCAUGAGACUGACACAACUAUUACUGGCGUGGUGACACCAAGCUCCUUUGUUUAUGGAAAUUCCAUCGACGCCUCGCGCUUCGUCCAGCUGGAAGACAUGGAGUGCAACUUUCAGGCUCUUAAUCUCACUUUCCAGGCCAUAAACAAGGGGCCCAGUCGGCUGCCUGGCUCCACUGUGGACAUCAGGAUACCCAACCGGCUGGCUGGCAGCGGAGCUGAUAUGUUCCACAUCAUAGAAACACAGGUGGCUGAUGGUCGAGGAAACUGCACCCUUCACAGGAACCCAACACCGUGCACCAUCCCCCAGGACAGAGAGAGCAUCUUCCACUCCAUAUUCGCCUUCUUCACCAAAUCAGGACGGAAAGUCUUGGACUGUGACCGACCUGGAAGAGCGUGUAUGACGGUCUCCUGCAGUCUGGGUCCACAGUUAAAAGAAGAAGCUUUGAGCAUAGAUAUGAAACUUCUGCUUAACACUGAAAUUCUUAAGAGGGACAGCUCCUCGGUGAUCCAGUUUGUGACGAGGGGCAGUGUGCAAGUCAAUGACCGGGCAGUGGAGGUGCCAAAUGGUCUGUCAGAGGACAUUUCUCUGGUGUUCGAGGCUCUGCACAGUCAGGAGCCAAGGGGUUACGUAGUGGGCUGGAUCAUUGCCAUCAGUCUGCUGGUGGGAAUCCUCAUCUUUUUGCUGUUAGCUGUGCUACUAUGGAAGAUGGGUUUCUUCCGUCGGCGCUACAGAGAGAUCAUCGAGGCUGAGAAGAACAGGAAGGACAGUGAUGAGAGCUGGGACUGGAUGGAAAAGAAUCACUGAGACCUGCACUGGGGGGUCCCAGAGGAGCCAAAGCGAUUAGGGAUUGGGUCGGGAAGGAUCCAAUAGCACGGGGUCUCGACGGCCCAGCCGCAACCGUGGCACCGGGCCCUUCAGUCUUCCAUAUGUGGAAGAGAAGAAUAUUCUCCAUAUUUAUUUGGAGACUUGACUUAUUUUUUUGUGGGUGGGGGUCCAGGAAACAGGCUUCUGAGGUGACAGUGUGGCUUGCCAGAGGACACUUGCUGCAGAAUUCAGCUAAUCUCAAAGGAGGUAACUCCCAGCCAGCGGAGCGGGGCUGUUGAUGGAGACCCACAUCCGUACGGAGACGGCAUGAAUACUGGUGGACAACAAAACCCUCAGGGCUGCGUUAUAUAGCAAAUUUAUUUUUAUACAUUCACUUUAAGCCAUAUUGUAUAAAACUGGGCUUUGAGAAGAGCUGGGGUUAUGAAGGCCAUUAUAAACAUACUUGCAGUAUGUUUUCCUAAAAGCACUGAUGUUUGAUAAGAAUGAAUGCCUUGGCUUCUCAGCUUUACUUUUUAUGCCAAAGAUCUGUCCAGUAUAGUAUAUGAUUCGAGUGAAAGAUUGUAUCUUUUCUGUGCUGUUUCCGGCUUAUGGAUAUCUCUUCUACACAUCUGGGCGCCCCUGCCUCCCACAGAUAGUCGGACUGAGCUAAAUCUUCUGUUUUACACCCACGCACACAAUGAUUGACGCUGUGUCCUGAUGUCAUCCACCAGUGUUUUUAGAGUUGUCUCAUGGCCGCGAAGGCCCAGAGAGAACACCCUCUGAGGUCAUUCGGCCCCUGUUCAGGAUGCAGUAAUCAACAGUCCUCUGUUAUUUCUGAGCUCUCAGUUAACACUUUUUAUUUCCCAUGUUUCCUUUGUUAUCCACGGCUGAAAAUUCAGCACGAUGGGUUGUAAAUUAAACCGCAAACGGCGCUGUUCCCAUUUCAAGGUUUGCGACUUACCAUUAGCAUUCCAUUCGUUCUGGUCGUGCUUUUAACUAAGCUUGUUUGUAGGUGUUGAAGUGGAUGUAACCUAAAAGGUUUUGGAGCUCAAGCUGCUUUUGCAAAUAACUAUUGCUCAGGUAUACAGCUGGCUUUUUAGAUGGAACCCUAAAUGUCCAGACACAAGACCUGAUUGUGUUUUUUUUCUAAAAGAAGAAAAAAAAACCUUCCAGACUUUAGCUAAUCCGACUGUUUAAUUCUGCCAUUAUAUUAUUAUGUCUUGGGCUUUGACGUGAAAUAUGAGAUACAUUACUCUCCCCGGCCAGAUGAAAGUCUGUGAUGGGAGUCCACCUACAGUCAUUUUCAGGGGCCCAUGGCAUGACUAAUGCCCUAAAAAUAGGUGGGAAUGUGCAGCACUCAAUCACUACACAUAAACGAGCUCUUUGGGGCUCACGGGAAACGUUCAUUUUAAGUCAACAUGGAGGAAUGUCAGUGCCCGAAAAAUCUGCCCACCACUAAAGUUCCUGGCUCAUCAUCGUUCAUGGUUGUUAUGUGUUUUAAACGUCGGGCUAGAUCGUGAAUAUAAUUUUUGCAGAACACAAUGAAUUAAAUGUUAAAUCAAAUGUCCCUCAAAAAAGAAUAUUAACUAUUUGAUGUAUUUUUAAAGGAAAACCUGCAGCCUCAGGACUUUGGGGUAAUUUUGAAUCGGCCCUGAGUCAGAUUGAAAUGUGCAAUGCCAAAGAAUAAAAAAGAGUAUAUUUUAAGACGUCAGUGCUAAGUCACUUUAUGUCUCACUAUGAUUGCUUCACUCUCUAUUGUGUUGAAUGAAUCUUUUACUGAUACGAUACACUUUAUUUCACCAUUUAAUUCCACUGGCACGAUGGCAUAUACUGUACACAUUCACGUCUUCCCUCUGCAUCUGUACAGCGAUGCCACACUUGUACGCAGAGAAACCGACACUUGACAUUUUUGGUAACAUUUGAACUGUGAUGGUUAAAUUUUGUUUUGUUAUGUUCGUUUGUUGUCAAUGUUAAUCUCACCGUUGUUUGGGGGUUUGUUCUGAGUAUACUACUGUCACUGAAUAUCAUUUCCAUUAUAGAGUGCUGUAUGAUUUUAAAGUCAUGUUUGAGCUGUGUAUUUAUCUGUUGAUAAAUUUUAGAGUGAAAUUUCA